AUGAGAGAAAUAGCUCAGCAACAUCUCACCACUUGGAAUAGCAUGAAAACUCAAAGUAAAUUUCAGAUGAGUAGAGUUUACAUGGCUAUGUGUGAAGGUGGAGAAGCUGUUGAGUGGAGAUUCUUGUUUAACCAGAAUAUAGCAAGACCAAGGGCUCAAUUUGUGACUUGGCUUGUAUGCCACGGGAAACAAGCUACAAAAGAUAGGCUAGUGAGAUUCAAAAUGAUUGAUGAUAGUGUUUGCAGCACCUGCAGAAAAGCAUAUGAAAGUAGAGAGCAUUGUUUCUUUGAAUGUGAAUCUAAUGCUGAAAUCUGGCAGAAGGUUUUGAACUGGAUGAAUUAUAAUCAUCAACCACUGAAAUGGCAGGAGGAAUUGAAGUGGGUUCUCAAUGCUUCAUCAAAGAAAGGGACUAAAGCUAAGUUGUUGAAAAUGGCCUUCACUGAAGCUGUAUAUGGAAUUUGGAAAAGAAGAAAUGACAAAGUUUUCAAACAUACUAGUUAUACUGAUUGUGUACAGGAUAUCAUAGAUUGUAUAUUGUAUAGGUGUUGGAAUUACAUAAAGCUUAGGAAUUACAUAGGUCAAUUGUUGUUAUAG